CCAACUCACACCUCAGGUGGACUGGGGUUUGCAAAGACUAGCUUCUCUUACACGAUUGAGCAUCGAAUGUGGAUGUGAAGAUGUGGAUUUAUUUCCCAAUAAGCAUCUGCUGCCCUCCUUUCUGACUUCUCUUGUAAUCUCAAAACUUCCUAAUCUCAAGUCUCUUAACAGCAAGGGGCUUCAACAACUCACCUCUCUUCUAAAAUUAGAGAUCAGUAGCUACCCUGAGCCCCACUGCUUUGCAGGGUCAGUUUUUCAACACCCUAUAUCCCUCAAGGUACUACGAAUCUGCGACUGCCCUAGGCUCCAAUCCUUGAGAGAAGUGGGUUUUCAACAACUCACCUCUCUUGUAGAAUUAGGGAUCAUAAAAUGUUGUGAGCUCCAAUCGUUGACAGAAUGGGUCUUCAACACCUCACCUCUCUUGGAAAAUUGAAUAUCCAAUGGCGCUCUAAGCUCCAAUACUUGACAAAACAGAGACUGCCAGACUCCCUCUCUUAUCUACAUGUCUACGACUGUCCUUCACUGGAACAACGGUGCCAAUGUGAGAAGGGGCUAGAAUGGUGUUAUAUAGCUCACAUUCCAAAAAUAGUGAUCAACGAAGUGCUGUAUUAAUGGAAGUGGUACUGCAUCAGUAUACAAUCAGCCUACUUUUCUUGGGUAUCCCUGUAACAAAAUGUAGUCUAUUUUGCACUAACCAAGUGGACCACCUUUUAAAGGUCUUGACAACGGCUAGGAAUUUCUGUAUAUUUCCUGUUGUUGUGAAGAUGAUCAUUGACAUCAAUGUCAUGGAUCCCAUUUCAGAAUGUGGUUAUGGAUCACAAAGAAGACACAAAUCUUCUUAUGCUAGGUUCUCGUUAGCAGAAUUCUCAUUGGCCUGCCUGCACUUCUGUUGGCAAUUCCUGGUGACAUUUGCAGCAUAGGCACCAGUGUUAUGGCAGUGGUAUUUGUGGAUUUAACAGCUAUUGUAUUGUUUGAUGAAGAGGGAAGGCUGUCCAGAUGUGUGUGCUUGUAUAGGUAUUCUUUCUUGGGUCCAGAUUUUAAAGACCAAAUUUUUUCAAAUGCCCAGUUUCCAAGAAGAUUAAGGGGAAGCAGAGAAGAAUGCGGUAGAGUUCUUAUAAUUAUCAACUUCAUAUUGGAUGGGCUAUUGACAAGCAAAAUCAAGUUCUAGAGGAAACAUAAUCCCAUGUCUCUCUUCGUUAUUUGCAAAUCAGAGGGAUUGCAAUUGUCUGCUCUCAAAUCCAAAAGUAGGGAUCGAUGGUGUGUUAUUUUAAUGAAAGUGGUAUGGCACCGAUAUACGGUCAGGUAAUUUGUUCUAUGCCUAAACUUAUUUUGUUCAGAAAAUUUAUGUUCCAAUUCAUAAAGUAGCUCGCCAGGUACUCAUGUUUCAAAAUUUCUAACAAUCUCUAGAAUUGGAUGUCUGCUCAUUUGUUUGUCUUGUUGUAGGGAAUUUGGUUGUGCAGCAUGCUCUGUUUGUUUGAUUUAAGAAUUUUCCAAUGAAGAAAAGAGGAGUAAAGGAAGAUUGAUCCUCAGUAAUUCACAUUUUAACAAAGCCAGUUAUCAUAUUUUCAUGUCUUCUUCAAUUUUCCUUUCUAAAUGGGUAAAGAUGACUCUUAACUAUCUGUGUAUUUAUCUCAUGUGAGAACAUGUGAAUGCAUUUUUUGGUAAUUGAUGGUUAUUGAAAAAUGCAUUGAAUCUUACAAUAUCAUAAUAUGUUUUUAGUUGGCUGCAUAUGUACAUGUUGUAACUUUGCUCCAUUCAACAUCAAGCUAAAUUAAGCACUACCUUUUUUUUUUUCUUUUUUGUGUCUCAUAUUAAGCAACCAGGAUCAGCAUAGAGGACUUAUUAUGAGAACAAAGUUUGAUAUCACUAUGGAAAAAAAAAAAUGUGAGCCUGCACUGUUUGAGAGCUCCUGUAAAUAAAAGCCGGUCUAUUUUGUACUAACCCAAUGGACUACCUUCAAAAGAAACAAAACAUUGGAUCAUUCAACUGUUAUUCUGGGAAAGGUAUUUUUUCCCGGCAGCCAUGGAAGAUGGGAUUUUGUUUCGAGCCUGAUCAGUUUCCGGCCUCAGAGGGAGGCUCCACCAAGCAGAUAAUCGAAUUGGGGAGUACUCCUACCACCAUUGCUGGCCAUUUCGGGUCUCCAGCAGCUUCUGCCUUUUAUGCAACUGAAUUCUACAUGGCGUUUCCAGAAUAUGAUUCCUAUCCUGCUGAUUCAGUAACCCCAUCAUAUCCAUCUUCUAAAUUUGAUCCAGCAGGUUCUCAAUCAAGGGAUACUCAGAACCUUCCCAGCUGUGAAAAUCAAAGUUCCACUAGAACCCCAUAUCGAAAUUCACCGGUUUGUGACAUCUUGUUCAUCAAGUCUGACGUUGAAGAUGCGCAGCCCUACAGAAUUCUUCGGGAAAAUCAGAAUCAAAGAAUUGAACCCAGCUCUAGAUUUCAACUAAGGAGGCAGCCUGCAAAUCCUUCUCAUAAUACUACUUCUGUCGCUUCAAACAAGACGCGGAUUAGAUGGACUCAAGAUCUUCACAAGCGAUUUGUUGAGUCUGUAAAUUGUCUAGGGGGAGCUGAAAAGGCAACUCCAAAGGGAAUCCUUAAGCUGAUGGGCUCUGAGGGACUGACCAUCUUCCAUGUCAAAAGUCACUUGCAGAAGUAUCGUAUUGCAAGGCACCAACCAGGAUCAACAGAAGUUCUAUUCGACAGGUUGGCUUCUCCGGAGUUGAUGAACUUCAUCCGGGGACAGAAGCUUAGCCAUGAACUCCUCAACAAAUUGAAGAGGAAAUUGCUGGUUGUCCACAAAGCGCUCAAUGAUGCGGAGAUGAAGCAAUUUUCAGACCCACUAGUCAAAGACUGGCUGGUCCAGGUUAAGGAUGCUGUGUAUCAUGCGGAGGACCUGUUGGACGAGAUCGCUACCGAAGCCUUGCGGUGCGAGAUUGAAGCUGCUGACUCCCAACCUGGUGGAAUUUAUCAGGUGUGGAACAAGUUCUCUACCAGGGUUAAGGCUCCAUUUUCCAAUCAAAGCAUGGAGUCCAGGGUGAAGGAUAUGAUUGCUAAGCUUGAAGAUAUUGCUGAAGAAAAAGAGAAGCUUGGGCUGAAAGAAGGUGAUGGUGAGAAACUGUCACCAAGAUUACCAUCCUCUUCUUUGGUGGAUGAGUCCUUCGUGUACGGCAGGGAUGAAAUUAAGGAGGAGAUGGUGAAGUGGCUGCUUUCUGACAAGGAAACUGCAACAGGCAACAACGUCAUAGAUGUGAUGUCCAUAGUGGGCAUGGGCGGCAGCGGCAAGACCACACUCGCUCAGCUUCUCUAUAACCAUGACAGAGUGAAGGAACACUUCCACCUGAAAGCAUGGGUCUGUGUUUCCACGGAGUUUCUUCUUAUCGGUGUAACCAAAUCAAUUCUUGAGGCAAUCGGUUGUAGACCUACUUCUGAUGACAGCCUAGAUUUGCUUCAACGUCAACUCAAAGACAACCUUGGCAACAAGAAAUUUCUGCUCGUUCUCGACGACGUCUGGGAUGUGGAGUCUCUUGAUUGGGAAAGUUGGGAUAGACUUCGAACUCCACUCCUCGCUGCAGCCCAGGGAAGCAAGAUUGUUGUGACCAGUCGUAGCGUAACUGUUGCAAAAGUCAUGCGUGCAAUCCAUACUCAUCAGCUGGGAACAUUAACCCCUGAAGAUAGUUGGUCCCUAUUUACAAAACUUGCAUUUCCAAAUGGAGACUCCUGCGCUUAUCCUCAGCUUGAACCCAUAGGCAGAGAGAUUGUGAAGAAGUGCCAAGGAUUGCCUCUGGCUGUGAAAGCACUCGGGAGUCUCUUGUACUCUAACCCCGAAAGAAGAGAAUGGGAAGAUAUUUUGAAUAGCAAAACAUGGCAUUCUCAGACUGAUCAUCAAAUUCUUCCAUCUCUUAGAUUGAGUUAUCAGCAUCUUUCUCUACCUGUGAAGCGUUGUUUUGCUUACUGUUCAAUUUUUCCCAAGGACUAUGAAUUCCACAAAGAGAAGCUGAUUCUAUUAUGGAUGGCAGAAGGGUUUUUACACUCAGGACAAAGUAGCAGAAGAAUGGAAGAGGUAGGUGAUUCAUAUUUUAAUGAACUUUUAGCAAAGUCAUUUUUUCAAAAAUGUAUUAGAGGAAAAAAACUGUCAUGCGUUGUAAUGCAUGAUCUGAUACAUGACUUGGCUCAACAUAUCUCCCAAGAAUUUUGCAUUCGAUUGGAAGAUUGUAAGCUGCAAAAAAUAUCUGAUAAGGCUCGCCAUUUUCUCCACUUUAAAAGUGACAAUGACUGGGCAGUUGUGUUUGAAACUUUUGAGCCUGUUGGUGAAGCCAAACAUCUCAGAACAAUCUUAGAGGUGAAGACAUCAUGGAGUUCAUUUCAUUGGUUGAGUACAAGAGUUUUACAAAAUAUAUUACCAAAAUUUAAAUCUCUGCGGGUGUUGUCAUUGUGUGAAUACCACAUAACAGAUGUGCCUGAUUCAAUACACAAUUUAAAACAAUUGCGUUAUUUGGAUCUCUCUGCAACAUGGAUUAAAAGAUUACCCGAAUCAAUAUGUUGUUUGUGCAAUUUGCAAACGAUGAUGCUGAGUAAAUGUCGCUCUCUUCUUGAAUUGCCUUCGAAAAUGGGGCAGUUGAUUAAUUUGCGCUAUCUUGAUAUUAGCGGGUCUAAUUCAUUGGAAGAAAUGCCAAAUGAUAUAGGUCAAUUAAAAAGUUUGCAGAAAUUGCCUAAUUUUACUGUGGGCAAAGAAAGUGGAUUCAGAUUUGGAGAAUUGUGGAAGCUUUCAGAGAUUCGAGGAAGACUUGAAAUUUCAAAAAUGGAGAAUGUGGUAGGUGUUGAGGAUGCAUUGCAGGCGAAUAUGAAGGAUAAGAAAUACCUUGAUGAGUUAUCCUUGAAUUGGAGUCACUACCGGAUUGGGGAUUAUGUUAGACAAAGUGGGGCAACAGAUGAUAUUCUUAACAGGCUAACACCUCAUCCAAAUUUAAAAAAGUUGUCCAUUGGAGGGUAUCCUGGUCUAACAUUUCCAGAUUGGCUUGGAGACGGAUCAUUUUCAAAUCUCGUAUCCCUUCAGCUUUCGAAUUGUGGGAAUUGCUCAACAUUGCCGCCACUGGGGCAGCUACCUUGUCUUGAACAUAUAAAGAUCUCAAAAAUGAGUGGAGUAGUGACGGUGGGUAGUGAGUUUUAUGGGAAUUCUUUUUCCUCGCUUCAUCCCUCCUUCCCAUCCCUGCAAACUCUAUCAUUUGAAGAUAUGUCCAAUUGGGAGAAAUGGUUAUGUUGUGGAGAAUUCCCUCGUCUCCAGGAGCUUUCUAUAAGGCUAUGUCCAAAACUCACUGGGGAAUUACCAAUGCACCUUUCUUCAUUGCAGGAACUUAAUCUUAAAUAUUGUCCGCAACUGCUUGUGCCUACACUCAACGUUCCUGCUGCCCGUGAAUUGCAGUUGAAAAGGCAAACUUGUGGGUUCACAGCUAGUCAAACUUCAAAAAUUGAAAUUUCAGACGUCUCUCAGUUGAAGCAACUUCCACUGGUACCCCACUAUCUCUACAUUAGAAAAUGUGAUUCUGUGGAGUCUCUACUAGAGGAGGAAAUCCUGCAAACCAACAUGUACAGUUUGGAAAUUUGUGAUUGCUCUUUUUACAGAUCCCCAAACAAAGUUGGCUUACCCACUACAUUGAAAUCGCUAUCAAUCUCUGAUUGUACCAAAUUGGACCUUCUUCUACCUGAGUUGUUCAGAUGCCAUCACCCAGUUCUCGAAAAUCUAUCAAUCAAUGGCGGUACCUAUGAUUCUCUCUCGUUGUCCUUCUCAAUAUUGGACAUCUUCCCCAGGUUGGUAGAUUUCAAAAUAAAUGGUCUUAAGGGGCUUGAGGAGCUCUGCAUCUCGAUUUCAGAGGGGGAUCCCACAUCUCUUCGUAAAUUGAAAAUCGAAGGGUGCCCUAAUCUUGUAUACAUCCAACUGCCCGCUCUCGAUUCGAUGUGCCAUGAGAUUUGCAAUUGCUCCAAUCUCAAAUUGCUGGCGCACACCCAUUCAUCUCUGCAGGAACUGCGUUUAGAGGAUUGUCCAGAAUUGUUGUUGCACAGAGAGGGUUUGCCUUCCAACCUAAGGGAACUUGCAAUACAGGGCUGCAACCAACUCACGUCACAGAUGGACUUGGAUUUGCAGAGACUGACCUCUCUUACUCAUUUCACAAUCUUUGGUGGAUGUGAAGGCGUGGAAUUAUUUCCCAAGGAGUGUCUGCUGCCCUCUUCUCUAACUUAUCUUUCAAUCGAGAAUCUUCCAAAUCUCAAGUCUCUUGACAACAAGGGGCUUCAACAACUCACCUCUCUUCGAGAAUUAUGUAUCGAGAACUGCCCUGAGCUCCAAUUCUCGACAGGAUCUGUUCUUCAACGCCUUAUCUCUCUCAAGGAAUUAGAAAUCUGGUCGUGCGAAAGGCUCCAAUCCUUGACAGAAGCGGGUCUUCACCACCUCACCACUCUUGAAACCUUAGGUCUCUGCUGGUGCCCUAAGCUCCAAUACUUGACAAAAGAGAGACUGCCAGACUCCCUCUCUUAUCUGAAGGUCAACGGUUGUCCUUCACUGGAACAACGACUCCAAUUCGAGAAAGGGCAAGAAUGGCGUUAUAUAUCUCACAUUCCAAAAAUAGUGAUCGGUGGUGUGCUAUUUUAAUGGGAGUGGCAGUGCACCAACACAUGGGCAGGCUGAUGGGGGCGGCCAGAUUAGACGGAAUGCAGCGGGUAGGUGAGGAAGCCAUGCUGCUGACUGGUGAACAGGGAAAGCAAGUAGUGACUUGCUGAGGAAGACACAAACAGAAUAGGGUGAAAAAAAAAAAAAAAAAAAUAAGGAAGGAAACCUAGGGGAGGCAGUGGAAAAAGGAAGACGACAUGGAGCUGAGGGAGGGCAUCUAGUGCAUCUACAGGUAUAUCCUUAUUCAACCAUGCUUUCGGUUAUUCUGGGUAUCGCUCCCCAGGAUGUCUUUGUUGAUUUAUUUGGUGUCUUUCUUUUUCUACUUAUGCUGUUGGUGCCUUCUCCGUUGCAUUAACUUGGCUUGAACAAUGGAUGAGGAUCUUUAUUAUAUUCAUCGUGAGACAUCCAGAUAUAUGCAUGGAGUUAUUUAUUCAUUUAUUGUUUUGUUUUGAGUUUUGGAAUCCAUUUGCGGAUCUUCUCACCAACAUGGGCAUUGAGAACCAUGUGAACAAGGCUGCAUCACACCUAUCCUCUACCUCAUCACCUUACCACUCAUGUCUCCCAUCCAUUUUCCCCCCAUGCUCACUCUUUUCUCAACCAUGUUCCUCUCCUUGGACAACCUCUACAAGCUCGCCAUCGUUCACAAGGUCUUUGGCGCCACCAACAGCUACAGCACCACCACCACCACCACCUCCUCUCGGGGGGAUUGGCACGUGUUAGAGGUGGAAGAGAAGAAGGCUUAAACGCCACUCAAUAAAUAGCUAGAGAGAAGGAGAGAUGGGUCA